AUGGAGACAACUACUGAUGUUAAUGUGAACUUGGUGGAAGUGCAGAAUACGGGUACUGUGUUUGCUGAUGGGAGUACAUCUCAAUCUAGUAAUACCAAUACUUUAGAUGCUAAUAUGUUAACUAAUAUUCUUGCGCAAGUUAAAGAGGAAUUCGCAAAAGAUAGUAGAUUACAAGAAGCAGAACGUUUUGCUAAGUUGGAAGAAAACAUUGCUGCUAAAUUGGAAGAAAACAUCGCAGCAAAAGAAGCAGAGCGUUCUGCUAAAGAAGCAGAACGUUUUGCUAAAUUAGAGGAAAAUAUUUUAAAAGAAAAGAAAAAGUUAUCCGAUAAAUUAAACAAGGUAGAAUCACAUUUUAAGAAAAGAUUUGAAAAGGUUCAAGAUGACGUACAAGAGGUUACUGAAAAGUACGAUACCUUAAGUAUUAAAGUUACGCAUUUAGAAUCUAAUAAAGAUCAGAUCUUAAAUAAUGUUAAUAACUUGACUGAUAGAAUGAAUAAGUUAGAACUUAAUACCAAAGAAGCCGUUGAUAAUUAUUUAGAGGAACAAUCGAAGGGUGCUGAGGAGAGACUAUCCCAAUGGUUCGAAGAAAAAUCCUCCAAAGUUCCUAAUCAGGCCUCUGAUAUUGUAAAUGAUACUCAACGGUCAUGCGCGGGCAGAAGAUCCGCCUCGGCCAGCGCGUCGCUGGCGUGGGCGGCAGCGGCAGCGGCAGCGCAGCGGCGCUGUGGCCCGGCGCUGGACGGGCAUAAUUUGUGGCCGGCGGUCUGGCUGCCUGAUGGCUCACGACCCGCCACGCCGCGCCGCGCCGCGCCGCCACCUCUGAACUCCCGAUUAAAACCCGCCGCCUUCCUCUCUAAUCGCCGGCCGCUGUCGUGGCCUUUUUGCCUUUUAAUUAAGAAAGAGAAAGAGAAAGAGGAAGAAGAGAGAGAGAAAGAGGAACAGAGAGAGAAAGAGGAAGAGAGAGAGAAAGAGGAAGAGAGAGAGAUAGAGGAAGAGAGAACAGAGAAAGAGGAAGAGAGAGAGGAAGAGGAAGAGAGAGAGGAAGAGGAAGAGACAGGGAAAGAGGAAGAGAGAGAGACAGAGGAAGAGAGAGAGGAAGAGGAAGAGACAGGGAAAGAGGAAGAGAGAGAGGAAGAGGAAGAGAGAGAGGAAGAGGAAGAGGCAGGGAAAGAGGAAGAGAGAGAGGAAGAGGAAGAGAGAGAGACAGAGGAAGAGAGAGAGAAAGAGGAAGAAAGAGAGAAAGAUGAGGAGAGAGAGAAAGAGGAAGAGAGAGAGAAAGAGGAAUAG